AUGUCCCAAGACGUCCUCGUUGGCGGAAGCAACGGUGGCCAGAACCACACCGCAGAGAGACUAGAUCUCUCUCAAGAGCCUUCGACGGCCACAUCCACAGCGAGCACCGACGCCUUCGUCCCGAGAAGCCUCGAAGUCGUCGAGGUGGAGCGUGCUAAGACUACACAAUUCAGAGCCCAAAACGCCGAUGAGCUUAAAAGGCUCGUUGGCGAUGACCGGCUCGAUCGCAUUGUCGAGCGCGAUCAAGUGGCUAACUACACCUCUUACCCCUUCUCCUGCAUCGGUAAGCUCUUCGUUGGCGCCAACUCCAACUUCUCGGCGCCCCUCUGGACCGGAAGCGCUGCAAUUGUAGGCCGCAAUCUGCUCCUUACGGCCAGCCACUGCGCACCAUGGGCCACUUCUGGAACGGGAGCGAUGCCAGGCUGGUGGAUGCGCUUCGUACCAUCUUACAAUAAUGGCUCUGAGCCUUACGGCUCCAGCUACGUUUCAGAUUUCCGCGGUGUGCGGAACACAGACAACGUGGUGGGUCUUGACUAUGUAAUCUGCCGUCUCUACAACCCACUAGGCAAUACGUGUGGCUGGCUCGGUAGCCGCUGGUGGAGUGACAACUCCCCCUACAUGCCCCCCAACAAAUGGUCUUCUGUCGGGUAUCCCGGGGACGCUAUGAACGGUCAGGUUAUGAUGGUUGAGCGGGGCAUCGGACUGCACCAGGUUGAUCCUGAGGGAGCUAAUGGCCGGGAGCUGGAGGCUCACACUUUUAGCACGCCAGGGUGGAGUGGGGGUCCGAUGUUCGGAACACUUGAUCAACAGCAGAAGUGUGUUGGGGUUAUGAGUGGAAAGGAGUUUGAGAAUGAUGGCUUAACCGGGAUUUUUAGUGGGACGCACUGGCAUAGUGUUAGUGCUGGGGGCAAGUCGAUGACUGAUCUGAUCUUGUACGGACUUGCGAAUUGGCCUUGA